UUCACUAAUUAAUGAAUCCAUUAACAAUUUUAGCGCCCCAGGACGCAUUGACAUGCCUUUUCCCACCCAGAGGAUGACUUUGAUGAUUUCAUAAAGCCACACGUGAUUGCUGAAUUGAAUUAUUUUGUCAUGACGAUAUCAAGAAUAACACUGUCUUAGGGAGGGAUUUCUGGAAAGAAGCGAGCGCUUGUGCUGCCUGGCGUGUGACUGCUUGCUGUCCCGCGGGCUGCUGGAGCUGAAAGGAGUUCAAUAAUAUAUUCCCCAAAUAUUUUAGCCUGAAAUAGCCAUGGCAGUUAGGAUACCCUUACUGUAUCUCGACGCGUGAGAGUGAAGUGGAGCGUUUUAGUCGUCCUUUUAUGACGAACAAAUUUAGAAUCUCGCUGAACUUAAUUUCGUUUCACAUUUUAAUCUAAAUUAAUAAAUAACCUUUCGCGGUGUGGUUAGGAUUUUUAGAAGGAUGGAGAGCAGGAGCACCGGUGCUGCCCAGUGUGGUUGUGCGCCCUGGGGUGGAGCUGUUCGCUGUCCCGCGUGCUCGUGGUGCUGAAAUGUGCACGAUGUCCGCACGGCAGAGACUCCCGGGCUGCCGUUCGCUGCACAUCAACGAGGAUAACGGGCGUUUCGUGCUGCUGGCGCUGCUCAUCCUCACAUACCUUCUGUGCGGCGCUGCGGUCUUCUCAGCUAUCGAGCGGCCGUCGGAGGUGCGAGCCCGAGCGCGCUGGAAUCGCACACUGCACAACUUCAGCGACGCUUUCAACAUCAGCGUUCACGAACUAAGCUCCUUCCUGCGCGAGUACGAAACCGCUGCGGCUGCCGGAAUCCGGGCCGAUGCCCUACGACCGCGAUGGGAUUUUACGGGGGCGUUUUACUUUGUGGCAACGGUUGUGUCAACUAUCGGUUUUGGGAUGACAACACCAGUGACGGUUGCUGGGAAAGUGUUUCUGAUCUUCUAUGGUCUCCUUGGGUGUGCGGCCACUAUACUAUUCUUUAACCUUUUCUUAGAACGUAUCAUCACCGUUUUAGCUGUGGUGAUGAAAGCUUUUAGGCUUCAUCGUUUGCGCACUAGUGGCCUUCUCCCACCAGGAAUCUGCCAGGACUUUGCAGCCAGCACUCUUCCAGGUUGGAAACCCUCUGUCUAUCAUGUGAUGCUGAUCCUGGGUCUGUCAGCUAUCAUCAUCUCCUGCUGCGCCUCAGCCAUGUAUACCCCAAUAGAAGGCUGGGCCUACCUUGACUCCCUCUAUUUCUGCUUUGUCACAUUCAGCACUAUAGGUUUUGGAGACCUAGUGAGCAGCCAGAACAAAGCUUACAGCUACCAAGGCCUAUACCGGUUGGCCAACUUUCUUUUAAUCCUUACCGGUGUCUGCUGCAUCUACUCACUCUUCAAUGUGAUUUCCAUUGUAAUCAAGCAGGUGCUCAACUGGAUGCUGAGCAAAAUGAGUUGCCUUUGCUGCCAGCGCUGCAACAAGGCUAGUGCUUUCUUAGGGCGCCGCAAUGCCAUCCGUCCUGGAACACGGCUCAAACAGGGCCAUUUUGGGUACACAUAUGACUCUGAAGGGCCUUGUGACAAUGACCGGGCGAGCAGAAGGCUAUCUGGUGAGAUGAUCUCCAUGCGGGAUUUGGCAGGCUCAAACAAAAUAUCACUGGCCAUUAUGCAGAAACAGCUCUCAGAGUCUGCAAAUGGGUACCCCAGGACAGUUUGUGGAAGCUCAAGACUCAAUGGUUUCUCUGGGGGAGUUGGUGCUUUGGGCAUCAUGAACAACAGACUGGCAGAAACAAGUGACUCUAGGUAAAGCUAUCUUAUGCAUCAAGAGUAGCACUGUAGUUUAUAGGAAAGCUUUUGUAAGUACAGGACCUCUGAUGUUCUGAAGGAUUUUGUUUUGACUAUAGUCUGACUUUGUCAUGGCCACAAGUUCCAGUGAAACAGCAUGAUUUGCAUGAUGUAUUUGAGAUAUCCAUUUGAGCCAGGAUUUAUUGUGGUAUCCCACUGGUUGGGAUUUUCUAGCUUGAACCUAGUAAAAAAAAUAUUUGGAAUGCAUAGUAUAUCAUAGCCUUAAUGACAAAUAAUGAAACCAAACAUUUUGGGAUUUCAGAACUAAACAUAGAACACUGUCUAUGAUUGAUAUAUAUCUUCUCAAUUGCCCAGGAUCACCUCCUGGAAUUGUAGGUUAAAGUUACAUUAUUUUCAAUUAUCAACAUACAAUAACAUAUUGCACAUGCCUAUAUUUCAGCUAUGCAUCUCUUUCAUAAAAUAUCAUUUAAAUAAUCUUGAUUAAAAAGUCAAAUGUAUAACAUGCAUAUCAGAAUGGUGUUGACAGGGUUGUGAGGAAAAAGUCUUUGACCCCUUGAUAAAUGUAUAUAAUAAUAAAUAAGAAUAGUGGAUCAUACAUUUAAAAAAUUCUAUUUAAUUAUUUAACAGAUAAAAACAAGAUUACUGUUUGAAUUCCUGUCCAGGGUAUAUCCUGCCUUUGCUGGGUAAAGCCUGGACAGUAGACUACUGUCCCAAAGACUACUGGGAAACGCUCAAAGUUCCCUUAACCCAAUAGGAUAAGGGGUGUAGAGAAUGGAUGGAUGCAUAUGUGUACUAGAUAUUCAUAACAGAAAAGCAUAUUGUAGUUUGUGAUUGGAAUUGAGUAGAUAUUCUGGUCAAUUUGUGUUAAAGAAAUGGUCAACUCGCAUAUUUUGCAAAAUUUGUUUUUCUUGGGAUCAUUUAGCAACAUAUUACUAGGAACUAAAACAUAUUUUUUUAGUUGGUUUAUUCUCAUGUUUUAGGUCAUUUUAAUGCUGAGUAAGCUAAUCUUAUUUUAACACUUAGAACAUCUUAUUUUGAACACUUAGAUCCUUCUCAAUGUGAUUCAAAGUCAUUGCUUCCUCAAUGGGCACUGUGAUCAAAACAUGCAAAAUAAUGUAUGGUUGAGGCCAAAGGUUUACUCAAGGUGACAGAUAUUCAAACUCAAUUUUUCACAACUCCAUACAAUACAAUACAUUUCCUGUUUAAGUAAUAGACAUGAGUCAAAUUUAUUUAAGUAUUUGCUACAUCAGAUUUUUAGU